CCGACACAGGUUGGGAUUAUGUGAACUCGCCCCAUGCGCUGCACGGGUUCCCUUUACGCAUUAACUAUCAAGUGAAAUCUUACGGCUUUUUAAACGUGCUCUUAUUCCGUUUUUUAAGUAACUUGGCCGAGUUUGUGCUCAAAUUCUUUAAGUUGCAUUUAUAACAGUUCCCCAGCGUUUAAAACCCCUGAAACAAAAGGAAACAAGCUAGCGCGUGGGCGCGCGUGGACACCUGAAAGAUGCACCUUGCGUUUCUACUGACGCUGAAUUUUGGCCUUGUUUUUGCAUGUCAGUUGCCCACCGAGUGGCGACCCCUCAGCGAGGGCUGUCGGGCUGAACUCGCCGAGAUCAUCGUGUACGCCAAGGUGCUGGCCAUCCACGAGGAGCCGUACGCGUCCAGCCUGAUUAACUACCUGCCGUACCAGCAGCACGAGCGCGCGGAGGACGCGUUGCUGUACGCGGCGGAGGUGGAGUUGCUUUGCGACCAGGCGUGGGGCAGCAUGCUGGAGGUUCCCGCGGGCUCGCGCCUCAACCUCACGGGACUCGGGUACUUCAGCUGUCAGUCACACACGGUGAUGGAGAACAACUCCUACGUCUUUUUCCUCAGGAUGGACGAAAACUACAACAUCCUUCCUCAUGGAGUCAACUUCCAGGAUGCCAUAUUCCCUGAUACACUAGAGAACAAACAAAUGUUUUCCAGCCUCUUUCAGUUCUCAAACUGCUCUGGUGGACAGACGAUGCACAACUUUAAUAGUGAUUGGGAGAGCCAAGAAGACAGCAGGUUGCUGUGUGCCUCUGUACAGAAGGUUUUGUUUGAGGAGGAGGAGAGAGUUGGGCAGCUUCAGGAGCAUGUGGCCGAGCUGGAGAGAAAGAAUAAGCAGUUAAAAGAGCGAGUGGGGAAACUGAGGCAUUCCCUGCGGAAAACCCGGAAAGCUUCCCGCCGUGCUGAGCGGGAAAGACAGGAGCUGCAAGAGCGGCUGAAUACAGCUGAGAGACAUGCUAGACAUCAUCUCAAUGCCAUUCCACCCCAACACAACCCUUCGUGCCACAGAUACUCACACGGACUGUGAGCUCAAAUAUACACACUCACUCAUCUGAACUCAUGCACGCAUGAAAACACAUGGUAUCAGUCUGUUUUUCAAAAAGUAUCAUACCCAACUGUGACUGCUGACAUAAUGAAUUCUGCUCACUUCAACUCUUUUUCCCUGCACUGCAAGGCAGCACUGUAUUGAAACCUUCUUUGAGGUUGUUCAGACAAAAUGUGUUUUUGGAUGUUUAGAGUUUUUCAUUGUUUUUUCUAUGUAAACGUGUGAUAGACAGACAUUUUUUUUAACCAUUGCACUGUGUCUCACUGAUUAGUUAUAUGUGAAAAAUAAAUAAUUUCACCAUGUAUAUGCAGAAAUGUAUGUAUAAUGUGUGACAAUUGGUCAAAUUAAUUAAUUAAUUAAUUAAUUAAUUAAUUAGUGCCACAUUUUAAAGAUGCUGUCAAGUUAUAGGGACUUAUACUUUUAAAAAAGCAUCUCAAGAAGGGGGGCCUGUGUAGCUCAUCGAGUAAUGACGCUGACUACCACCCCUGGAGUUUGCGAGUUUGAAUCCCAGGGCGUACUGAGUAACUCCAACCAGUUGCUAGGGAGGGUAGAGUCACAUGGGGUAACCUCCUCAUGG